AGCCAGCUGUGUAAACUUGCCAAUAAUCUUUGCUCACGAAAGUCGCGUAAAAAUUAAACGCCUAUAAAAGCCACUGCCGCCAACCAUUUGCAAUCCCAAAUCUGACAAUCCAAGAUGAAGGUAACUACUAUCUUAUCCGUCAUUACCGUCCUCGCAGCGUGCCUUUUGAGGAGCAGCGAGGCGGUGACCUGCACCGCUGACCCCACCGUCACAGGAUGCAUCAACUGCACCACCAGUCCAACCGAUCCCGAGUGCGUGGCCGAGGCAGCCGCAGAAACCACAUCCACAACUGCAGCAACGCCCACCACCACCACAACCUCAGCGACGGCGACGGCGACGACAACGGCGACGACAACGAACACAGGCUCCUCCGGCACAAACACCUCCCCUAGACGGCGGAAGAUCGUGCGCGUAACCAAUCUGGGCUAUACCAACGUCCGGCGCAUCCGCGUCUACCGGAACCGCUCAGGGAGCACCACCGUCCGGAAUCGAAAGCGCAAGAACAACUCCAGACGUGUCAACGUGAGGAAGGCCAACGGAAACGUAAUUAUUGUCGGUUAACAAGGUGGAUUUUAAUAAAAUGCUGAA